AUGACGCACUUCCGCAAACUUGGAGCGGAAGUUGUGUUGUUGUUGUUGUUGAGCCCGCCGGCUGGAGGUGUGUAGGAUGCUUCGCUCGCUCUCUCUGUGUUUAUAUCUGUGUGAAGCGGCGGGCUGGAAGGCGUAGCAGACGCGCUGGUCUUUCAGUCGCAUGUCGUUACUGUUUCAGGGAUGGACUCGCUCUUCGGGACCGCGGCUGCGGCGCAAAAGUGCUGCUCUGGAGCCGCCAGCAGAAAAACCGCCAAAACCGGCAGCAAAAAGUGCAAAAGCCGCUCAGCCCGAUAUCCAAAAGCGAGCAAUAAUCCGCCUUAUCUACCUCCAGAGGCUGAAGAGGGAAACAUUGAGUACAAGCUGAAGCUGGUGAACCCCACGCAGUACCGCUUCGAGCACCUGGCCACACAGAUGAAGUGGCGCCUGCAGGAGGGCCGCGGGGAGGCCGUGUAUCAGAUCGGCGUGGAGGACAACGGGCUGCUGGUGGGCCUGAUGGAGGAGGACAUGAAGGCCUCUCUCAAAACACUGCGCAGGAUGGCUGAGAGGGUGGGUGCAGACAUUACAGUUCUCAGAGAGAGGGAGGUGGAUUAUGACUCGGACGAGCCUCACAGAAUCGCUGAGGUGCUCAUCAGGAAAGUGCCAGAUGAUCAGCAGUUCCUGGACCUGCGGGUAGCAGUGCUGGGUAACGUGGACUCGGGGAAGUCCACUCUGCUUGGUGUGCUUACACAAGGAGAGCUGGACAACGGGAGAGGGAGAGCGCGACUCAACCUCUUCAGACACCUUCAUGAAAUCCAGACCGGACGAACCUCGAGUAUCAGCAUUGAGAUCCUGGGCUUCGACAGCAGAGGAGAGGUGAGAACUGCUGCGCUGUGUGUCUCAGACAAGCGCAGACUGCCUGAAGAGCGUCGCUUUCCUGUGAUCACACAUAUGUUUAUUUCUAUGAUAGCAUGUAAAGUUUCAUUCUGGGAGUUUGAGGAAGGCAUGUCAGUGACGCUCUACGCCUUUGGCUCGGGGACGACUCGAGAGCACCUGGGUCUGGCCAUGGCGCUGAAGGUGCCCAUCUUCAUUGUGGUGAGUAAGGUGGACCUGUGCGCCAAAGGCACCGUGGAGCGCACCGUCCGACAGCUCGAGCGGAUCCUCAAGCAGCCGGGCUGCAACAAAGUGCCCAUGCUGGUGUCCUCCACAGACGACGCCGUCACUGCCGCCCAGAAGUUUGCACAAUCACCCAGCAUCACCCCUAUCUUCACCCUGUCCAGCGUAUCAGGGGAGAGUCUGGAUUUGCUGAAGGUCUUCUUUAAUAUUCUACCUCCCCUCAGCAACAGCAAGGAGCAGGAGGAGCUCAUGCAGCAGCUCACCGAGUUUCAGGUUGACGAGAUCUACACAGUGCCGGAUGUGGGGACAGUAGUUGGUGGGACUCUUUACAGUGGGAUCUGCCGCGAGGGAGAGCAGCUGGUGGUCGGACCCACGGACGACGGGAAGUUUCGUGAGCUGACGGUGUGCAGUAUCCAGAGGAAUCGCUCCGGGUGCAGGGUGCUGAGAGCCGGACAGGCCGCUACUCUGGCGCUGGGAGAUUUCGACCGUUCACUAUUACGAAAGGGAAUGGUGAUGGUCAGCCCAGAGAUGAACCCCACUAUCUGCUGGCGCUUUGAGGCUGAGAUCGUUUUACUCUUCCACGCCAAAACUCUCCACAAGGGCUUCCAGGUGACGGUGCAUGUGGGCAACAUUAGACAGACGGCCACGGUCGAGGCUCUGCAAGGAAAGGUUUUUCUGGUUCUCACCCGGUCUUCUCUCCGAAGUGCUGCUCCAGCUGGAUCUUGCUGAACUGAGUGAGAUCUCCGAUGUUUUCCACUCGCAGAGUCUCCCGCUCAUUCUCACUGUUAUGGGAUACUAUGAGAAUCAAGUGUAAUAUCAUAGUACAAGAUCUACUUACAUUUUACUGAUGGGAAGGGUGCUGAAGAGUUCUGGAAUGGAUCCCAGUGGCAAAACUGUUUGGCGAUUAGGCUUGUUUAAGCCACAUGCUAGUUUGGCUACCAAAAUACAAUUUGGAUUGACCUUGCUAGUGUUGACGAUGGCAUCCUCUGAUUCAUGUGAAGAUUUGAUUCAUGUCAAUUCCAGCGAUAGUUCACUAAGCAAGAACACAGACCAUGUUUUGGAGAAAUUCUUCACUGAUGUGGUCAUGUGUGUGUUGUACUAGCAUUAAAUCGUAACGUCACAUUUAUCUCUGAAAAGAACAUUCUAUAAUAUUUUAAACAUUCUAAAAAAAUCACU